ACUAGGGAGAUCAGCUGAUGCACAAGUUUAUAGUAUCAGUGAAGCAGGACGUGUUCCAACAAUGUCUGACCAGGGAGUAGAUGUGGUCUAUCCUAGAUAUGGACCAAGACCCACCCAAACAAACCCCCAGGCAGUGGCGAAGAACCUCAUGGUAUCAUCGCAAGAGUUUCUCCCUUUGUCAGGAACGGACCCCUCAGCGAUGUACUUCCCCAAGAAGAGAGGGCGCAAGCCUCUGGCGGAUAAGGGCAAGAAGAGACGAAAGAGGAACAGGCCUGGAUCCCACGUGAAGAGAGCAAAGACAGCAUACUUCUUCUUUCUUGACACGUUCCGCAAGAAUUAUGUGAAGGAUGGUGACCAGAUCCCAAGGGCAAGUGAGAUCACAAAGGCAUGUGGUAUGAAAUGGAGUUCGAUGACGGAUGCUGAGAAGGGACCAUACCAGGAGAAAGCAGGCAUUGACAGAAAAAGAUAUGAAGCAGAGAUUUCUGUGUACAGGAAAGUACGUGACCCAGACAAGCCAAAGAAGCCACCUACGGCGUACUUCUACUUUCUCACGGAUUUCCGUGAACAGAUGAAGGGUAAGACAAUAGAGAAAGGACGACGUUUGACAGAGAUCUGUGGUGAGGAAUGGAACAAACUGACAGAUGAACAGAAGAAACCUUACCUGGAGAGGGUAGCUACAGAAUACAAGACAUAUCAAGCUGCUAUGGAGGAAUGGAGAAAGAAGAAGGGUCUGGUUGCGGCUACGAGUACCCCAAGACCGGCACCACAGCCCAUGGCACAGCCACCAGCAGUUCAACAUCAUGCCCCACCUACUAUGGUCCCUCACAAUCCACAGCCAGGCAUGAUGGCAGGUAUGGCCAUGGCACAAGCAGCUCAAGCUAGCUAUAAUGGUGAAUUGCAAGGCCCAUCCUCUCAUCAACAGGUUCUCUAUGAUGAUGAAGGCGAUGAGGAAGACGAUGAGGAAUAUGAUGAUGAUGGUGAUGAGUAUGAGUGAUCAUCCACAAGUCAAAAGCCAACAUCACCAAAAAAAAAUGAGGAGAUAAAGUAAAGAAAAAAUGAAAUACCCCUUAUUAAGGGGAAAGCAAGGACUGUAUUAUAGCUUCAUUUUAACAUACACACAAAAAAUACAAAACAUGCCAUAUUGGGAAAAAAAUUGUUGUUGGUAAAAUAAAGUAAGAGAGAAAGCAAAGCUUAGCAGGCUACUGUUUAGUGCACUAGGCUGACUGAAGGAGGGCUGGUGCUGUAAAUAUGGUGUAAAAAAAGCCCCCAUAGUAUGAGCACAAUGUGUUGCAAUGAGAAAUAUAUUCCUAUCUUUGGAUUUACAAAUAUUUUGGAUUCUCCCAUUUUAAAUCAGUCUCCUGUAAAGGUUAUCUCCAAAGUCUGUCUUUGGUGAAAAAAAAAGAAAAUUUCAUUGCAAACAAUUCAAUACUAAAGUAAAGAGAAUUUAAAACUCAAAUGAAGCCAAUUUUGUAUUGGGUGCUUUCAUUGAACUCUUGUAAGUAUGUAUGAUACUGAUAUAAACUAAAUUGAAAUGUUUGUGACAGCAUUUGGUUGGUUGAUCCAACAAGUAUUUUUUGACUGUCAUGAUGCACAUUUGGAAGAAGUUCUUGCUCUCUUACUCUCUUUGUUAAGAUUUUAUCUUAAAAUCAAUGUUGGAGAACUAGAUAACUUCAAACCUUGUAUGCAAGAUAUCUGCAUAUAUUUGAUGUACAGUAAUAAACUUAUUUCUCCUCUCCAUGGGUUGAAAAUGAAUAUAUUUUUGUCUACUUCCAUAACAGGAGCACAGAAAAUCAUGGAAGAGUUGAUAACCCUAAGAUAAUUGGAAGCAGGAAUUUUGUAGAUUACCAUGAGUGAAUAAUUGAGCUGUACAGAUCAUAAAAAAUGGAAAGAUAAAUGUUAUGCGACAGCUGUGUGCAAAAAAGUAGAAGUAGCUCUCUCAUUGGUUGGACAGAUGUGACCAGCUCCAUGCAAACAGGACCUAUUUCCUUUCCAAUAACUUACAGUAUGAAAGUAAAUAAUAUACUACCCAAUGAAAGUACAUUCCAAGUAUUACAGACGAGUUAUUUUCCCCCCUUUUAGAGAAGAAUAUAGAAUGAUCGUAAGUUUUUUUUUCUAAGGAAUUGCCAAUCUAUAAUAUUCAAUUUAUAAUUGGUAAUGUAUCAAAUUUUAACAUUCCCUAUGUAAUGAUUUUUAAGAAGCAUUUUAUGUUUACAAAGUACUUUGUAGACAAGUAUAUGAUUUGUAUUUCCAAUAUCAGUAACAUAGACCAAUACAUACCAACCAACGCUUAGAAACAGGUUUUUGUAUUGUAGAGAAACAAUAAUGAAAAACAGUAAAUUUUUGAUAGCUUGCUACUUAAAAAUCCUUAUCCUUAUAAUUUACUGGAAAUAGUCCAUUUGACUGAAGCUGGUCACAGGUUUUCAUGAGAAAUUUUAAGACAUCUGCAUGCCUUGAUGUACAUCUAGUGUAUUAUUUCUAUGGUUAUUUCUUAUUUACAUGGUUACCUUUGUUUUCAUCCAACUGUUAUGAAAUGGCAUGUAAGUACAAACAGAGUGUGUAGACUUACAGCGACAUACGAAAAAGACCUAAAGAUACCUGUAAAGAGAGAUUAGUUGAAAAUAUCCAGCACAUCGGUGUACAUGUAUGUUAUAUUGAGUGUGAAAGAGUACAGUCUUUAGGUUGUAAGAGAAAAAUCAAGGAUUUCAGUGGCUAUGUCUUAGUCGUGGGCUUCAGAUAUUGAAUCAACAUAUAAAAGAAAUUAAAGGCGUCCAAAAAUGUGAGAACAGUAUUAGUAUUGUAUUCAAGUUUGAAUAACCAUUGCGUGGAGUAGUAUCUGCAAUUUGAAGUAACUAAUUUCUAUCACUUAUCUCUGUUUUUUUCUUUCCUUUAUGGUCCUGUAGUAUUUUAUCUUAUUUAAUUGAUUGAUGAUGAUGUCUCUGUACAGUGCCAAGUUGUUUCACUGUGAUUGCAAUUGUUCUUGAAUGCAUGCUUUUGAAGAGGUUUUUGUGUGUCUCCGUUUAGAUGAAGGUAUCCGUUGAAAUCGUCAAAUCAUGAUGAUGAUGAUGAUCAUGUAGAAAAGGUGCUAGUUUACAAUAUUCACUAGUAGAAUUUAUUAUGGCUGUUCGAAAUUCUUUUUUUUUUCUUCUCAUAAACUCUAUACCUUGUAUAAGCUUUAUAUUAAUGUUUAUAACUAUUUUGAUUGUGCCAACCCAUGUUUUUUUUCUUAUUAUUAUUCAACUCAGCCACGAGGCAGCUUUUUAUAGAUUUGCAUUCCGUUCAAUCUCUGUUCAUUUCUCCCCAUCCCCAAUCUUGCUGUCUAUUGCCAUUUUUGCACUCCGCAUGUGAUUAUAUUAUUUUAAUCUAUUAAGACAAUUCAUAGUUAUACUUAUAAUUUUAUUUAUUUUAAGAUACAUGCUAGGUCCCAAGCUAUUCAGUUUAUUUGACUCCCAACUCUGUGAUCUCUGCAAUUGACAAUUACGUUUUUAGUUGAUACUGCUAUUGUAUUGAAUUCCACUUUGAGUCAUAGAUUUUAUUUAUUUUUUAAUGAUUUUAAAGGAGAGUUAGUAUUCUCUUUUUUCCCUAAUUUUCUUAAAGAGUACUGCUUUCUUUGAUAGAUUCUACAACUCUUGCCAUGAUAUCAACUCUUACAAAAAGCAUUUAGUUUAUAAACCUUUUUCAAAAUAAUUGCAAGUCAUUUUUCUGCAACUUCUCAUGAAAUUACAAAUAUUUUGCAAAGACUAAUACCCAACAUUUCCUCUUUAAUUUCAUGGUUACUUUCAUAAGAUUGUUUAGUAUACAUCUCCUUUCAUGUAAUAUGGCAGUCUUGUAGUUAUAAACACUUCUUGGGUUGCUGUGUAAAUUACUAAAUUUGCUUUGUGUUUAGUAAUGAUAUUGCAAUAUAUAUAUAUUAGUCAUUCCAUUCCAUUAAUAAUUCUCUUAUCUGGUUUGAGCUGUGUGUGUCCCAGUAUUUAAUUUUAAUUAUUUUUUAAUUAAAAUUUGAAAUAUCCUUUGUAAUACAAAUUGAAAAUACUAGGAGCACUUCAGCAAUCUACAAUAUGGUUUGAAGCUAGGGCAAUGCUUGUAGUGUUGUAAAGUAGUUGGUAGCUUGCAUCAAAAUUGUAAUCUCACAUGUGAACAAAGUUCUCUUUAAUGUUUUUUUAAUGCUUUAUGUACAUUAGAAAUACAGCUCAUAUUUGUUUUAAAGCAGAAAAACUCCAUCUGAUGUUACUGUAUCUUCAUGUUAAGGGACUCUUUGGCAGUUCCCCCCCCCCCCCCCCCGUAUAGAAGUAUUGUUUUAAAAGACACCAGAUAACCUAUUAAUUAGAAUUAUCAAAUUAUUUUCUACAUAUUGCUUUUAUUUUCGGUGUCAGAAAUCUGUAUUACUUCAAAUUCUUUUGAAUGAAGAGAAAAUGUGAUCCUAAUGCGACAAAAUGUAUAUCUUGUAUUUCAGUUUGUCUAUGGAGAUUAUUUGCACCCUUGCAUGCACCCAGCUUUCUUUCCAAACAAAUUAUCACCCCCACCUUUGUUUUAUUUUCAUUUAGUCAUUUCAGUUAAGAAUGAAAUGGAAGGAAUCUCCUGGUGUAAAGAGUGGGCCUCUGUAAGAAUAAAGAGUUGUUUGGGAAUUAUUCCAUUUAGUAAGGAGAAAGAAAAUUAAUUGAUUAUUUUAUGAUCUUUGUAUGAAAUAUCAUGCACAAAAAUUUAAGCCUUUUUGGUAGCAUAACCAUGUAGAUACAACAUGACUACUUCUAGUUCUUCCAGUUAGAAAUAAUUUUUCAAGAGUAGUGUCCAUUUGAUUUAUAAUGUAUGUCACUUUUGUGAUGGCACGUGACAAGAAAAUAUCCAACUUGAAAUGAUUUCUAUAGGAAUAAAGUUGGCAACUUUCAUGAAAUUUAGAAAAGAAGAUAUAUUACAAAAUCAUCUUCUUUUUUGAGCUACCUGCCAAAUGAUUCCUAUUCUCUUUACCGAUCCUGUAUUGUUAUGAAAGUAUUUGCCAAAUAAAGUAAGUUAUUGGCAUUUUUGUACUAUUUAUAAGAAAAAUAAUGCAUUGACUGAUGUAUUAAAUCUGGUCAAAAUUGAGAUGUAAGGUAAUAACUUAUGUUUUCUUGUGUAUAAAGUAUGUCCAUGUUUGUUGUAUUCAUAAUGAAAGAAAUAAGUCCUUACUUGAUGAAGACCAACUUGUAUACAGCAUUUUUAGCCUGAAGUGCCAGACAUUAUAUUUACAAAGAUUGUCUGCCUUCUUUAAUAACUUUUGAAAUAAACUACUUUUUUCAUGCAUUUUGAUGAUCUGAAAAUAUUACCUUUGUAAGACGUACAAAUUAUUUUCAGAUGCUAAAAAUGCACUUUUUCUAUUGUAGAGGUUAAAGAUAAAGGCCUUUUCCUUGUAAUGAACCCUUAUGUUGUUUGCAUUCUCUUUUAAUGUUUUCAAUCAGGUUGUAGCAUUAUUUUCCUUGUCCACAUAAACAAUUAGUUACGCCAGACACUGACACACCUAUACAUAAUAUUGUGUUUCUUUCAUUUAUACUUUUCCUUGACUGUAACUUAUGUACAGCACAGGGUUGUUUAGUACAAAUAUUAUAAUUCAGUUUUAAGUCUUAUAUUGCUAUGUUGGCUGUUCAAUUGUAUGUGUAAGUGUAAUGAAAUUUAAGAAACCAAACCCUGUAAUAUGGUAUAUUGCUGUAUGUAAUGCAGUGUAGUUUAUUUAUUUUUACAGUUCAUGCCAUGCUCAUUGUAGCAAACAAAUGCAUUGUUGUUGUAUAUCAUUUCCAUUCAAAAUAUGUUUGAUGUAACAUUGUCUGAUUGUAGUAGAUGAUAAUGCCUUAUUUUCUUUUGAUUCAGUUCUUUAAACCACCUCAGAUUACGAUAGAAAUCAAAUUUUUGAUUAUUUGACAUUGCUCUUCAUUUCAUUUCAAACAUUUGCGGUGCAAAUCGGUAUACAUAUAUUUGUGAUAUAAGAGGGUGAGUUUAUCUAAACAUUUUGCAGUCCGUCAAAAUUAAAAAUCCAUGAAGCCAGUCCUCAAUCAGUCAAAAUCAAGUAAGCUAAGAAUUUGCUUCCUCAUCUCCUAGCUUACAAAUAAACUUAUAUUAUUAUUUGGUUAUCAUAGAGGUUUGAUCCAUGUAUCCACUUCUUUGUAUGAGCUCUAGGCCCUGUUACAUAAACUAUGUGAUUAAUAGUACAAUUGAUUGUAACUCUGUGUCAAAUCAUGUACAUAACGGUACUAUCAAUUGUAAAUACUUGUAUCUUUUUGCUACAAUACCCUUCGUUGACUUUGUUCAGAACACUUGUUAUCAAUUGUAAGUUACAAACUACUGAAAUCAUGCCAUUUGAUUGGCCAAUAUGGAAUUUGGUAAAAAUUAUAACAUUUGUUAUUGAUAACAACUUAUGUGACACAAUGUCUCGAUCCCUUUCAAAGAGCAAUAUGGAGACAGAUUCAUUUACCCUAGCUCUGACAUUUCAAAGAAUCAAAGAUAUAUCUUUUUUUGUAGUUGGGUAGCAUAAAAAUGGCUGAGAGGUGUUUUGUAUUUUGUUUUCAUUUUACAAAGGCAUUGUAAUUUUGAGAAAUAACUUUCAUUCAAGUAAAAAAUGCAUGCAUCAAUUACCAGAUUGCCAGACAAGAAAUCGUCCAAAUCUUCCCAAAAUCCUUCGAUGUACCUUGAAAUUUGGUCCUUUUAUUUACAUCAGAUUUUGAAAUAGUAUUA